CAGGUUAUGAGCUCAGCUUCAAUCCGUCACAAGUCACCAUCCGCAGGAGCAACUCGCACUCACACACACGCACACCUGCCUGCAUACUCUCAGCGACACACCGCCAAGCAAUAUGAGCAAAGGUGGAACAGCAGACCCUCCUCCCUACCUCAUCCAAGGUGGAACUCAGGAUUCGGGCGUGAAGGUUUACCACGUGCACACCCCAUUCACCCCUCCUGACCACGAGCAGGUCGCUGCUCCCUCUUCGGUCUCGCAAGUUUUCACCAGCGGAGGAGGGGAAGGCGGCGAAGGCAAAAAGAAGUAUGUGAGCCACGAUACAACUCUGGGCCAUACACCCGGCAUGACGACAUGCUCGAGCUGCCAGCAGCAGGUCAUGACCAACGUCCAUUACAAAGCAGGGACGUACGCCUGGCUCAUGUGCAUCCUCUUCAUCUGCUGUGGAUUGUUCCUGUGCUGCUGCUUGAUCCCGUUCUUCGUCGACAGCUUCAAGGACGCCUACCACACGUGCCCCCGCUGCACCAGAGUCCUCCACAUUGAGAAGAAGCAGUGCUGCAAAUGAGAAACAGCCGGGGUAGAGAUGGACCCAUAGAAAUAAUAAGCACCAUCCUGUCAGCUCUGUCUGCCUCCGGAUCCCUCCUCACCCCCCCCCCCCCCCCCAUCAUCCACGAGGACCGGCCAACAGGCAACUCAAGCGUUUCUUGGACACUGACUCGCUUAUUUCUAUGGACGAAUCUUUGUUUUUGUUUUUUACUCAAAGCAACAACAAAAAAAAUAUAUAUAUAUAUUAGACAUUAUAAAAAAUGACUUCUGUUCUGCUUUAGAAUAUUAACAAAUAAACCGGGAGUGAUUGUAUUGCCAGAUAUUUGAAACGGUAAAUUAAACAUCGUGACCUCUGGUAGGUCUGACGUUAUGCUGGUAAAAAAUGAAGACUUGUAUACAGAUUAUUUGUGUUUGAUAGGGUCUACGCAAUCUUAACCAAUCAUGUCGCCGCUUGGAGGGACUUUUGAACAAAACGACCCAAUGAAACCACCCAACACGGUACAGAAAGGCACAGGGUAGAGGCGAGAGUAGCUGCUGGAGCAGAGUCAGUGCACACAACGCUCGUGUUGGCAUGUUUUGUUGAAGGUUUCCGCCUGUGAGACUCUGCCUUUUGAACUAACCUGUACGUUUUACACAUGUAUACUGAAAAAACACUGCACUUUUAUUAUUCCACUAAAGUUUACACACCAAAUAAUCAUUGGAAUCUGUUCCUCAAAGCAGAUUUAGGUAAAUUAAAUUAAAUUAUAUAUAUAUAUAUAUAUAUAUAUAUAUAUAUAUAUAUAUAUAUACACACACACACACACACACACACAGACACACUAUUAGUCAUAAGUUUGGACACAUUUUCGUCAUUCAAUGGCUUUUCUUUUUCCGUUUCCACACUGUAGAUACAAACUGAAGACAUCAAAACUAUGAACCAAACUAAAUUGGGUUCUGUAGCAAACGAGUAGUGGAACAACUCCAAAGGCCCUUUUAAAAAUGGCGGCCCUUUGCUUUGAUUGCUGCUUUCUAUGCUCUCAGCACUGAAACGGGGAGCUCCCAGAAGCAGGAAUCAAAAAUAAAGACAAACCCUUGCAUGAGAGCCUGUGUCCAAACCUGACUGGCUGCUUACACGAUUGAUCCUCUGUCUCUCUGAACGACUAGCUAACAUGCUUCGCCUCGGAUUCAUCCCUCGGUGAAACUGAGCACGCUUGGACUUCCGUUAUCUACUGUCUGCUGGUAAAUAUUGUUUCUCUAAUAAAAAUAAAAAAGGAUAUAUCGAUGA